AUGGCCACCCUCAUCCGCCCACCCCCCGAGAACACCUCCCUCUCCGCCAUCGAAAACACCCUCGAACUGACCCGCCUCUCCGACAUUGACACGAACCUCUUCACCAACACCCGGCCCCUCUGGCACCCCCCAGGCGCGCGCGGUGUCUACGGCGGCUCCGUCAUAGCCCAAUGCCUCUCCGCCGCGCAAAAGACCGUCCCGCGCACCUUCACCAUCCACUCGAUGCACUGCUACUUCGUGCUCGCUGGCAACGCCGAGAUACCCGUCAUCUACCACGUCGAGCACGUGCGGGAGGGCAAGAGCUUCGCGACGCGGACCGUGCAGGCGCGGCAGCGGGGGAAGGCCAUCUUCACGACAACCAUGAGCUUUGCGCGGGAGGGUAGUGGAGGGAAGGAGACGGUGGAGCACGCAUGCGAGAUGCCGGACGUGCCGCCGCCGUGUGAGGACGAUGCCGGGAACAUUUUCCGGCAGAGGGGCACGCAUGCGCCGUUUGAGAGCCAGAGGAUUGAGAUUUUGAACAACGACUCGCCCCACCCGCACACGAAGCGCACGCGCCAGUGGAUCCGCGCCCGCGGGAAGAUCUCGCCGAAUGGUGGGCACGAAGCGCACCUCUCCGCGCUCGCGUACAUGUCGGACAGCUAUUUCAUCGGCACCGUGGCGCGGGUGCACAAGCUCUGGCGCUUCUCGCUCAAGCGGCCGGGUCAGGACAAGGAGUCAGCGGGUAACACCGUCGUCGACGAGGACGUGCUCAAGAAACUCAUGAACAUGGACGCCGAGACCCUGCGACGGCACCCGGACAUGGAUGAGCACGUGAUCGAGCAGCUGAAGAACGGGAUGGUGAGCACUGAAGGGAAGAUUCAGAGGCCGGAGGUUGGGAUGAUGGUUAGUUUGGACCACACGAUUUACUUCCACACGCCGAGGGACUUCAGGGCCGAUGAGUGGCUGUUUACGGAGAUGGACACGCCGUGGGCGGGCGAUGGGAGGGGGCUGGUGCAGCAGCGGAUCUUUACGAGGGAUGGGAGGCUGGUUGCGACGUGCAUCCAGGAGGGUGUUGUUCGUCUGAAGCAGACUUCGGACAGCAAAUUGUAA